CGCGUGACAGAGAGGCGAUCCUUGGAUGGUUUCAUUUUCCAUCUUGAAAUGCCGGAAUCGCCCAACUCUCGCCUCAUCCGCCGCGACUCCCGCCUCACAGUGGACAACCUCCUGCGCGAAGCGUUCGCCAAGGUGGACGUGGACGGCAAUGGGGUCGUGAAUGCCAGCGACAUCCAGGCAGGUUUGUCCAAGGCGGGGGUCCGCCUCUCGACCGAAGACACACUGACCCUCAUGGACAAGUUGGACCGCCAGCACGUGGGCAAAGUCACGUUCGACGACUUCCACGCGAUCCACGAACGAUUCAUCCAUCACAUCUUUGAAUCGUUCGACACACACCAGAAGGGGUAUCUCGACGACGUAACGCUCCAAGAGGCCAUGCAAAAGCUUGGCAUUGCCGUGACUGUCGCCGAAGCCACGUCCAUGAUCAAAGAGCUGCACCCCAAGGACGUGUCCAAGAUCACCGAGCAAGACUUCAAGUAUUUGUACCUACUCAUGCGGUCGAAAAUGGUCACCAACCCCAACCUGGAAGCACUCUUGUGGGACCCGGACGUCCGCGAAUUCUCCAAGCAAUGGUGGAAAGCAAGCGUCGAGAUCGGCGAAGGCGGGCUGCGUGCGCCCCUUCCGAGCGACUCGACGUCCCACAAGAAGACGGUCAGCCCCACGGUCAAGUUCUUUGCUGGGGCCUUGAGCGGCGUGAUCGAGGCGGUGAUCUUGACGCCGUUGGACGUGUGCAAAACGAGACUGCAGCUCGACAAAACGGGGCAAUACAAAGGCAUGAUUGACUGCGGGAAGCAACUGGUCAAGGGCGAAGGCGCCAAGGGUCUGUACAAGGGCUUCGUGCCGUGGACGUCCCACGUCGUGCUCAAGAACGGCACGCGCUUCUACUUCAACGCCAUCUACCGCAAGCUGCUCGCGGACGGAAACGGCCAAGUGACGGGCGCAAAAGAGUUUUUGGCCGGGGCGUUGGCCGGCGCCACGGAAGCCGUGCUGAUCGUCACGCCGUUCGAAGUGGUCAAGACGCGGCUCCAAGGCCAGACCAUCGUGCGCGGCGAAGUGCCCAAGUACCGAGGCACGCUGCAGUCGACCCUGACUAUCAUCAAGCACGAAGGCCCGAUGGCGCUUUGGAAGGGUGUCGCGCCCACGAUCGGACGUCAAGGAUUGAACCAAGCGUGCAGCUUCUGGUCCAACACGUACUUGAAGAAGAACUUGUGGCAAUUGAAAGAUGGCGAAACGCUGUCGCCGUGGAAGAGCAUGCUCACGGGAAUGCUUGGCGCCAUUCCUGGGCCGUGCAUCAACUGCCCCAUGGAUGUCGUCAAGACGCGCAUGAUGGCGCAGGAGAACGGCAAGGGCGUGGCCGGUAAGUACACUGGCCUCAUCCAGGCCACGACCCUCAUCGCCCGCGAAGAAGGCGUCGCGGCCCUCUACAAGGGGCUGGUCCCCCGCUUGACCCGCCUGUGUCCGUCCUACGGGAUCCAGUGGCUCGUCAUGGACCAAGUGUGCGCGUACUUCUCGCAAUAAACACAACAUAGAUUAUCGUUCAAUUUACUGUUAGAUUGCAGGCUAGUACUACGUAGUACUAGUAGUGUACGUAUAGUAAGUACCUGAAGCACCGGAAUUCCACCACGCAGAUUUUGUUGUGGUCUACUGUAC